AUGAAAGAAAAAAAUAUUUUGUGUUUUAGGAAAGAAGUAGAAGGUUGCGAUUGUCUACAAGGUUUCCAAAUGACGCAUUCGCUGGGAGGUGGUACUGGUGCCGGCAUGGGCACGCUUAUGAUAGCGAAAAUCCGUGAAGAGUAUCCGGACCGCAUGAUUUCUACGUUCAGCAUUGUCCCAUCGCCAAAGGUGUCUGACACCGUCGUAGAACCGUACAACACGACGCUGUCCGUGCACCAGCUGAUGGAGAACACUGACCAGACGUAUUGCAUUGAUAACGAGGCUUUAUACGACAUUUGCUACCGGACUCUGAAGCUGAAUACACCGACGUACAGCGAUCUGAACCACCUAGUGUCAUCGGUCAUGUGUGGCGUGACCACGUGUUUCCGGUUCCCUGGGCAACUGAACACCGACCUCCGGAAGCUGUCGGUCAACAUGGUACCGUUCCCGCGACUGCACUUCUUCAUCACCGGGUUCGCACCGCUUACAUCGCGCGGCGGACUCCCGUACCGGUCACUGUCCGUCCCACAACUGGUCCAGCAGAUGUUCGACUCCAAGAACAUGAUGGCUGCAUGUGACCCUCGAAACGGCAGGUACCUGACUGCUGCCAGCAUAUUCCGCGGCCGCAUGUCCAUGAAGGAAGUGGAUGAACAAAUGCUCAACGUGCAGACAAAAAAUUCCAGCCACUUUGUCGAGUGGAUACCGAAUAAUACCAAGACGGCAGUGUGCGACAUACCACCUAAGGGUCUCAAGAUGUCGGCCACGUUUGUCGGCAACACCACCGCUAUCCAAGAGAUUUUCAAACGAGUGUCCUUGCAGUUUACCGCCAUGUUCAGGCGCAAGGCGUUCUUACACUGGUACACCGGCGAAGGUAUGGAUGAGAUGGAGUUCACUGAGGCCGAGUCCGACAUGCAUGAUCUGAUUUCUGAAUACCAGAUGUACCAAGAGACGACCGUCGACGGGUCGGAUGAAGAAUAA